ACGCUUAGAAAAGAGAGAGUUUAUCAUGACCCAGAACUGAGCAGGCAGACCCACGAAGACAAUAAGAGCUUCCAGUACGACCAUGAGGCCUUUCUUGGCAAAGAGGAGGCCAAGACAUUUGAUCAGCUCACCCCCGAGGAGAGCAAGGAGAGGCUUGGUAAAAUUGUGGACCGGAUAGACAGUGAUGCAGAUGGCUACAUCACCACAGCUGAACUCAAAGCCUGGAUAAAACGUGUACAGAAGCGUUAUGUUUAUGAAAACGUGGCAAAGGUAUGGACAGAUUAUGAUCUCAACAAAGACAACAAGAUUUCAUGGGAUGAGUACAAGCAGGCCACAUAUGGAUACUACCUGGCCAACCCAGAGGAGUUUGACGAUGCCACAGACCAGUUCAGCUUCAAGAAGAUGCUUCCUCGAGACGAGAGGAGGUUUAAAGCAGCCGAUCUGGACAGGGACCUGACAGCAGACAGAGAAGAGUUUACAGCCUUCCUCCAUCCUGAGGAGUUUGAGCAUAUGAAGGAUAUUGUGGUUCUGGAAACCCUGGAGGACAUUGACAAGAACGGCGAUGGACAUGUGGAUGAGGAUGAGUAUAUUGCGGACAUGUUUGCUCAUGAGGAUGGGGGUCCAGAGCCAGACUGGGUCAAGACUGAAAGGGAACAGUUCUCUGACUUCCGGGAUUUGAACAAAGAUGGCAAGAUGGACCAAGACGAGAUCCGCUAUUGGAUUAUGCCCCAAGACUACGACCAUGCCCAGGCGGAGGCCAGACACCUGGUCUAUGAGUCUGACCAGGACAAGGAUCAGAUGCUGACCAAAGAAGAGAUCCUUGAGAAUUGGAACAUGUUCGUUGGAAGUCAGGCCACCAACUACGGAGAGGACCUCACCAGGAACCAUGACGAGCUCUGAGCUCUCAGUACAGCCUCGGAUGUUUGUGUGUGAGGAGGGUUGUUGAACGUCUUUGCCUUCAAAGACAGAAUAACAGACUAUUAUAAAGCCUCCUCCCACUGCCACUAACUUUCCUCAUAGUCGUGGGACAGAUGUCAGUGUGUUGGAUUUCAAAUCAACACUGUAGAAACCAAGCAAGAGGAGGGAUGAGGGUCAGUCCUACCACUACUACUAUGGGUCCAGCCAUGUGUUUUUUAUCAGCAGUUCUGUUUCUGACAUUCAGGAGCAAAGGACUUAACUUUUAACAGUGGUGCCUUCCAGCCGCAGAGGCUGGCUUCGCUGCCUCAGCCAUCUGUCCAGGGGCAAUUCAUGUAAAGCUGAAUGCUGAGCUUUACAUGAAUUGCCAGAUACAGGAACAGUUUUUGAUAGCAAUGUGAAACUACAGUUCAGAAGAUUUAUACUGCUUUUAUUUAUUUAUCAGAUAACCUCUGAACUUUAGGUCUGAAAGAGUGCAGUAUUCAGAUAGAUUUGUUAAAACUGAAGAUAUGAUUUUUCUGUUUACAGUUUGUUCUGGCCAAAAUAUUUCAGUGAUUUUGAUUAUCUUUAACAGCAUGAUGUUUGCACAUUUUUGGUUUUACUGUAGCCUGUGAAUGAGCUGUCCAAUUUACAUAGGUCAGAGUGUUUGAGUAUAUAUUGUACAUUGGCUUGAAUACAUAAGAAGAAAGGGGGGGGGGGGCUCCUUUUUUCC